AUGUCCAGCCUCCAGGAACUGUGCUCUGGCCUGCCCCUACAACCCCUCCCUGAGAACCGGGGGCGCUGGGCUGGGGUGCCACACGCUCCGGUCAGGACUCCCGGCCUCAGCCCUGCAGAAGAGCAGCUGGCUCUGAAGAAUGCUCUGCGCUACUUCCCACCCACUGUCCAGAAGCUGUUGGCCCAGGAGUUUGCCCAGGAGCUACGACAAUUUGGACACAUCUACAUGUACCGGUUCUGCCCCAGCAUUGAGAUGAGGGCCUACCCAAUUGAUCAGUACCCAUGCCGGACACGAGCAGCUGCAGCCAUCAUGCACAUGAUUAUGAACAAUCUGGACCCCGCUGUGGCCCAGUUUCCACAGGAGCUGGUGACCUAUGGAGGAAAUGGGCAGGUGUUCAGCAACUGGGCUCAGUUCUGGCUGACCAUGUCCUACUUGUCGAAGAUGACAGAGGAACAGACUCUGGUCAUGUACAGUGGACACCCGCUGGGCCUCUUCCCCAGCAGCCCUGGUGCCCCACGCCUGGUCAUAACCAACGGGAUGGUCAUUCCCAACUACUCCUCCAGGACAGAGUAUGAGAAGCUGUUUGCAUUGGGAGUGACUAUGUAUGGCCAGAUGACAGCGGGCAGCUACUGCUACAUUGGUCCCCAGGGAAUUGUCCAUGGCACAGUGCUCACUGUGCUGAAUGCUGGUCGGCGGUACCUGGGCAUCGAGGACUUGGCAGGGAAGGUCUUCGUCACCUCCGGGCUCGGUGGGAUGAGUGGGGCUCAAGCCAAGGCUGCAGCCAUCGUUGGAUGCAUCGGAGUGAUCGCAGAGGUUGACAAAGCUGCACUUGUAAAGCGCCACCGGCAAGGCUGGCUGAUGGAGGUGACUGACAGCUUGGACCACUGCAUUGUGAGACUCAGGGAAGCAAGGAAAAAGAAGGAGGUGCUCAGCCUUGGCUACCAUGGCAACGUGGUGGAUCUUUGGGAGCGCCUGGUCCAUGAACUGGACACCACGGGGGAGCUCUUGGUGGAUCUCGGGUCGGACCAGACAUCCUGUCACAACCCGUUCAAUGGUGGCUACUACCCUGUGCAGCUUAGCUUCUCAGAGGCCCAGAGUCUCAUGUCCUCCAACCCAGCUGCCUUCAAGCACCUGGUGCAGGAAAGCCUGAGGAGGCAUGUCUCAGCCAUCAACAGGUUGGCCCAGGAGAAGUUCUACUUUUGGGACUACGGUAACGCCUUCCUCUUGGAAGCUCAGAGAGCAGGAGCAGAUGUAGAGAAGAAAGGAGCCAACAAGACCGAGUUCCGCUACCCCUCCUAUGUCCAGCACAUUAUGGGGGACAUAUUCUCCCAGGGCUUUGGGCCCUUCCGUUGGGUAUGCACAUCAGGAGACCCCCAGGACCUGGCUGUCACCGAUCAUCUGGCCACAUCUGUGCUGGAGAAAAUCAUUGAUGAUGGAGUGAAGGCAUCUGUUAAGCUACAGUAUAUGGAUAACAUCCGCUGGAUCCGGGAGGCUGCCAAGCACCAGCUGGUGGUGGGCUCCCAGGCGAGGAUCCUGUACUCAGACCAGAAAGGACGUGUGGCCAUUGCUGUGGCCAUUAACCAGGCCAUCGCCAGUGGGAAGAUCAAGGCACCAGUGGUCCUGAGCCGUGAUCACCAUGACGUGAGUGGCACUGACAGCCCCUUUAGAGAGACUUCCAAUAUUUAUGACGGUUCUGCCUUCUGUGCAGACAUGGCCGUGCAGAACUUCGUGGGAGAUGCCUGUCGUGGUGCCACCUGGGUUGCACUUCACAACGGAGGGGGUGUAGGCUGGGGCGAGGUGAUCAAUGGGGGAUUUGGCCUUGUGCUGGAUGGGUCUGCACAGGCUGAGCAGAAAGCCAGGAUGAUGCUCAGCUGGGAUGUCUCCAAUGGUGUGGCGCGGCGCUGCUGGUCUGGGAACCCCAAGGCCUAUGAGAUCAUCUGCCAGACAAUGCAGGAGAACAGUGGCCUGGUGGUGACACUUCCCCACGAGGUGGUAGAUGAACGAGUGCUACAGCAGGCCCUGCGGCCCUGAGAAGAGCCAGGGUCCGCUUGACCUCCUCCUUCCCACUGCCCUCCCCUCUCAGAUCACCGCC